AUGAACACAGACAGCUUUUAUUUUUCUGUCAACAACGCUCGCGCCGAGCUUUAUUACGCGACGCGGGAGAACACGCAACUGCCUCCAUCUCUCUAUCAGACUUCCCUUUCUCCCUCGUCUAUUCACGCCAUCUUUUCUUCAUUUACGGAAAUUCCGUCGACACGGAAUUCGUUCUGGUUUCACGGAGACUGUGCUUCAUCUAAAAGUGUUACCAUCUAUGGAGGGAAACGAAAGAGAAUAGCCUGCAACGAAACUUCAUGCCAUGAAAGAUGUUCGAUAUGCAAAUUAUCUGUCGAGGAAAUUGUCGGAAAAUCAGUCUGUCCUGUGAUCGUGUGUCUUGUAGUGCAUGUUAAGCCAAAGCUAUACCGGACAAACAAGCGCGAUAACAUAAUACACAUGUUACAAAAAUUCCAUGUUGGACUAAACAAUUCAUUCGUAAAAUAUCAAACAGUCAACUACGAUAGUUUGAAACUAACCUAAAACAGUAUGCCCUGGCUAGUGACCAACAGCAAUCGA